UCGGCAUGUAUGUUUACAAGAAGUGAAUCGGUUGAUCUGACCAGCGAUCAUGCCGUGACUUGAAGUAGAACAUAUAAUCGAUGGCUCGACGGGGUCAUGAAGACAAGGAGCCGCUGCUUCAGGUCUCUCACGAGGAUGAAGACGGUGAUCUGGUGUCCAGCAACAAGAAGCUCUCUUAUGAGGUGGCAGUCGAGGAAGCAGGGUUCGGGCUCUUCCACUGGCUGCUGUUGGUCAUCUGUGGGUGGGCAAAUGCCAGUGAUGCCGUGGAGAUCCUAUGUGUGUCCUUUCUCCUGCCCACAGCACGCUGUGACCUUCAACUCAGCUCAGGCGACAUGGGAGUCCUCACUGCCAGCAUUUUCCUCGGUAUGAUGGUAGGCGGUUACGUUUGGGGGUAUCUGGCCGAUCGCAGAGGGAGACGCAACGUUCUGGUCGUGUCUCUAACAGUGAACGGCACGUUUGGGGCCGUGGCGAGUUUGGCCCCGAGUUUCUGGCUCUUUUUGCUUCUGCGGUUCUUCAGUGGAGUCGGAGUUGGUGGAUCCAUUCCUGUGAUCUUCUCGUAUUUUUCCGAGUUCCAGCCACGAAUGCGGAGGGGAGCUAUGAUUAGCGCUCUCGCCACCUUCUGGAUGGCUGGAAAUAUUUUGGCAGCUGGUGUGGCUUGGUUGGUCAUCCCCAGGACAUAUCUUAACACUCAUUUGGGCUGGUUGGAUUUCCAAAGUUGGCGUCUUUUCGUGGUCCUCUGCUCAGUCCCCAGUCUCUCAUCAGCACUGAUCUUCAAACUAUUCAUGCCAGAGAGCCCCAAGUUCCUCAUGGAGGCUGGGCGUGAGAAAGAGGCGCUGUCUGUGUUCCAGAAGAUGUUUAGACUGAACAACAGAGGUGUCGUUAAACCAUUUCCUGCACAAGGGCUUGUGAUCAGAUCUAAAAAUGAAGAGAAGAUCAGACCCAGUACAGGCUCAAGAUCUGAACGUUUCAGUGGCCUUUUCAAACAGGCAUUAUCCCCCAUUAAGCAGCUCUUCGUUGAACCACUAGCUUCCAGAAGUGUUGUUCUGCUGAUAAUAUUCUACUGCAUUUCAUUUGGGUAUUAUGGGUUAUGGAUGUGGUUUCCGGAGUUGUUUAAGAGAGCUGAAGAUGGAGGGUCUCCAUGUGCCAACGCAUCUAGCAUCCAAAGCUCAAAGAAUGAAAGCUGCUACCCUGUCAAAACUGCUGUCUACAUGGAGGGUUUCGUAACUGCAGCCUCAAACUUGCCAGGAAACAUCUUUACGAUCUGGUUCAUGGACAAGAUUGGAGGGAAAAUCCUGCUCUCUGUCAGUCUGAUGGUGUCCAGCGUGAGUGUGUUUGUCAUCUAUUUGGUAAAGACUAAAUCUCAGAGUCUGCUCGUGUCCUGUGUGUUCAGCGGCGUCUCUGUCAUCUCCUGGAACGCUCUGGACGUGGUGGGGACGGAGCUCUAUCCAACACAACUACGCUCCUCAGCUCUGGGAUUUUUCACUGGAGUGGGCCGUGUGGCAGCGAUCAUGGGAAAUGUCGUUUUUGGGCAGCUGGUGGACUCUAACUGUGCUGUACCUCUGCUGCUGGUCUCUGCCCUCCUGCUGGCGGGAGGACUCGCGGCUUUACGUCUGCCACAAACUAAACAAACUGAUCUUGCAUGAUGCACACAUGCGGUUAGCAUCAGCCAAGUCAAACCAUGUGAUUCUGGGACCAAAAUACCAAAACCAGUGGUAGCUCAGCGGUUAAGGCUCUGGGUUACUGACAGAAAGGUUGGGGGUUCAAGCACAGUCAAGAUACCACUGUUGGGCCCUUGAGCAAGGCCCUUGACCCUAUCUGCUCCAGGGGCGCUGUUUCAUAGCUGACCCUGUGCUCUGACCCCGGCUUAGUUGGGAUAUGCGAAAACAACUGCAUUUCAUUGCCUCUGUACCUGUACUCUGCACAAUGACAAUUAAUCUUAAAACCAAGAGCUUUGCUUACAGUUUCGCCUUAAUGUUACACCUGUGCACUUUGGGAAGUCACAAUAAACCUACACAGAAUCCGAUUCAAAUAUGGUCAACUGUUUCUAACAAAGCUGAUUUAACUGCACUGAAAGCAUUAUUAAAAUAGCCAAAAUAUUUAAUAAACUAAUACGCAAGGGAUCAAUUUAAAGGAAUAUUCCAGGUUCAAUUCAGUUAAGCUCAAUCAACAGCAUUUGUGGCAUAAUAUUGAUUACCACAAAAAGCAAUUUUGACUCGCCCCUCCAUUUAAAAAAGCAAAUAACUGAGUAACAGUGAGGCACUUACAAUGGAAGUAAAUGGGGCCAAUCCAUAAAUGUUAAAAUCCUCACUGUUUCAAUAGUAUAGCAACAAGAUGUAAACAAUAUGUGUGCUAACAUGAUUUUAGUAUGAUAAAAUCACUUUCUAACCUAUUCUUUGAUAACUUGUAUCCAAUUUUAUAACCUAAUUUCCAUGACUAUAUUGGUAUAUAUCGGUUUUACCGAUUAAUCUGUGCAGAUAGUUGCUUUUUGGAACUAAUUGUUAUCGGCAAAUAUCUAUGCCGAUAGUUGCAGAUAGUUUUUUUUUUUAAAAAUUGAAUUUAGGGCAUGCAAAGAAAAAUGCUACUAUAUAGAAACAUCCCUCAUCAGAACAUGCAUUCGGUCUCCAACUUCAUAUUGUGAAUAAUAAUAAACAGGCUAUAAAAAGCUUAAUUUGGUAAAUAUAUAUAGACCAUUGUAACAGAGCCAAGUCUACAUCAUUUCAAAAUAAGAGUCCCUUGUGUGUUUCAGGCUUCUUUAGUGUGAAAUGUCCAAUUUUAUCCAACUAAUCUUCUUUUUUUUCUGAUUAUUAUUGGGAUUUUGAUUGAAAAAUAAACUACAUCUGGGAUUUUAUUCAUUUUGGACUCUGGUCUCUAUGUCUGUGCCGACUAAGAAAAUGUAUCAUUCAAUGAAUCGAUUUUAAAAACCUUUUCAACCACCUAAGAUAUCGUAAUGGCAAAAUCCACAACCGGUCGACCCCUACUCUGUAAUCCUGCAAAAUUCAAUGUAACCUCGAUUUAUUUUAUUAUUAUUUUUGCUUCUUUUUUUUUUUUAUGAAAAGGAGGGUUGUGUUGACAUAAUUUUUGUUAUAAUCAAAAUUAUGCCACAAAUGCUGUCGAUUGAGCUUAAAUUUUAUUGAACCCUUUAACAUUUUGUUGAUUGUGUAAUUUUUGUAUUCAAGUAUAUAAAACUCUUGCUUUUUUACAAUGGCUAUACAUUUCAUAUUUGAUUUCUAUUUGAAUAAACAGAACAUCCAA